ACUCUACCUGUUCUCCUCCCCGCCAGGGACAGCAUCAUCAUCAGCACCACUAACUGUGCCACCAGCGUCUACGCUGGCUUCGUCAUCUUCUCCAUCCUGGGCUUCAUGGCUGGCCACCUGGGUGUGGACGUGUCCCGUGUGGCAGACCACGGCCCUGGCCUGGCCUUUGUGGCUUACCCUGAGGCCCUCACGCUGCUGCCCAUCUCCCCGCUCUGGUCCCUGCUCUUCUUCUUCAUGCUUAUCUUGCUGGGGCUGGGCACGCAGUUCUGUCUCCUAGAGACGCUGGUCACGGCCAUUGUGGAUGAGGUGGGGAAUGAGUGGAUCUUGCAGAAAAAGACCUAUGUGACUUUGGGUGUGGCUGUGGCUGGCUUCCUGCUGGGCAUCCCGCUCACCAGCCAGGCAGGCAUCUACUGGUUGCUUCUGAUGGACAACUAUGCAGCCAGCUUCUCCUUGGUUGUCAUCUCCUGCAUCAUGUGCAUGUCCAUCAUGUACAUCUAUGGGCACCGGAACUACUUCCAGGACAUCCAGAUGAUGCUGGGCUUCCCACCACCCCUCUUCUUCCAGAUCUGCUGGCGCUUUGUCUCUCCAGCUAUCAUUUUUGUAAGUUCCUCAGCUGGCCCCUCCCUCGCCUGCUGCCCCGCCUUUAAGAACCAGCAGAGGGAGAGCAGGAGCCCAUGGAUCUGGCCAGAGCUCCCCCGGGUCUCCACACCCACACCUCCGGCCCCCGGAGUCUGAAGGAAGUUGCACAGUCAGACAAGUAUGUGGGGCCUCAGACCCAGCCAGGCCCUGGCCUUGUUAGGGAGCCAAGAGCCCUGUGUUUGGCUGAAGACAGUACCCAGCCUCAGAAGGGGAAAGCAAGCUGGCGGCAGCUGAGAGUCAGCUCCCACUCCCUGGUGUUCCUGCCUACAGUCCCCAGGGAGCUUCAGGAACCAUUACUGAUACUGGUGUCAGCCUUGCUGAGCAAUUGUCUCCAAUCCCUC